CACGCAUAAUAAUAAUUAUACGUUUAAGCUAAGCAUAAAAAAUGUACAAUUUCAAUAAGAAAAAAAUACUAUGUACAAUACCGCUAAGUUUAAAUUUGUAUCAUUGUUCCAUAAUCCUUCUGACAUAAUUCUUUUUACUCCAGUUAAUGUUUUUAGAAAACUCCGAAGAAUUCUUUUUCACUAUAGAAAUUUAAAUACCUCUAUAAUACAUAUGAAUUUUGUUAAAAAAUCUAAAAAAUGGACAAGUGCAUACGAAAAAAGCAGUUUAAUCGAUUUACACAGCAAACAAUAUAGACGUUCAGAUGUAGUCACUGCAAGAGAAAAUAAAGAUUCUAAAUAUUUUGAACGUCGAAAAAGAAAUAACUUAGCUGCUAAAAAAUCUAGAGAUGCCAAACGCAGGAGAGAAAAUGAAAUGACUUUGAAGCUAUUUCUACUGGAAAAAGAAAAUAUGUUGUUGAAGCUUAGAUUAAGCACGAUUGUCAAAGAAUUACUUGCAAUAAAAAAUUUAUCAGUUGUUUACAACGUGAAUAAAUUUUUUAAUAGCGUUCCAUAAUUAAUGUUUAACAUUGAAUAUUGUUUUUAGAUAUAACGUUUCUGCUGAUAUAUAGCUACUACUUUUUUAAGGCAUUCUGUUAACAAGCUUAAGUAAAAAAACGUAAUAUUUC